GACUACGACGGGACUUUGACUCCAAUAGUGGCGGACCCGCGGGAGGCGAAGAUGUCUCCGGCCUUCAGAAAAACUUUAAAGAAGCUCGCGAGGGUCUUCCCCGUCGCUAUUGUCACAGGACGCCGUUUGGAGACCAUUCGCUCUUUCGUCGGCUUAGCAGACGCCCCGGGUCGGCGGGCGUUGAUGUAUGCGGCGAGUCACGGCUUUGAUAUUGAUGCUGCAGGCUUCGGUCUCUGCUUAAGACAUCAGGUCGGCGAGGCAAGUGUCUCCGCACUCCGCUCUGCUGUUGCUGCUCUCCUCGCUCAAGUGGGCCCAGUGAAGGGUCUCUAUGUAGAAGACAACUACUUCUCAGUCUCCAUACAUUACAGACACUGCGCGGAGUAUCGUGAGGUGAUAGAAGCAGCAGUAGACAAAGUGCUGCUGUCUUAUCCUAUGCUGAAGAAAUGCUUAGGCUUAGAGUUGUUUGAUAUUCGGAUAGCAGCAGAGUGGGGCAAGGGCAGCGCUAUCUCUUGGAUUCUGCAUGCACUCGGCCUCAACGGAAGCAGCAGAGAUGUAUGCAUCUUCUUACUCAGUCGCCCUCCUCUUGCUGCUGCUUAUCCUGCUGCUGCUCCUGCUGCUCAUGCUGCUGAUGCUGCUGAUGCUGCUGAUGCUGCUGAUGCUGCUGAUGCUGAUCUUGCUGCUGCUUAUCCUGCUGCUGCUCCUGCCGCUGAUGCUGCUGAUGCUGCUGAUGCUGAUCUUGCUGUUGCUUAUUCUGAUGCUGCUGAUGCUGCUGAUGCUGACCUUGCUGCUGCUUUUGCUGCCGCUGCUGAUGCUGCUGAUGCUGCUGAUGCUGCUGAUGCUGCUGCUGAUGCUGCUGCUUAUGCUGCUCUUCCUGCUACUCCUGAUGCUGCUGUUGUUGCUGACGCUGCUGAUGCUGCUCUUGAUGCUUAA